AUGUACUUAGAUAAAAAAAAUAUAUUAAAUAAUUUUAUACUAAAUUUUGGACCACAACAUCCAUCUGCGCAUGGAGUUUUACGUUUAAUUUUGGAAUUAGAUGGUGAAAUAAUAAAAAAUGCAGAUCCUCACAUCGGUUUAUUACAUAGGGGUACAGAAAAAUUAUUAGAGUAUAAGACAUAUAUACAAGGUUUACCAUAUUUUGAUAGAUUGGAUUAUGUUUCUAUGAUGUGCCAGGAACACACUUAUUGCUUGGCUAUAGAAAAAUUAUUAAAGUGUAAUGUUCCAUUGCGUGCUCAAUAUAUAAGAGUUCUAUUUUCUGAAAUAACUAGAUUAUUAAAUCAUUUAUUAUCUAUCACCACUCAUGCAAUGGAUGUAGGAGCACUAACUCCUUUUCUGUGGGCUUUUGAGGAAAGAGAGAAAUUGAUGGAAUUCUAUGAGCGUGUUUCAGGAGCAAGGAUGCAUGCUAAUUAUUUUAGGCCGGGAGGAGUUUCUUAUGAUUUACCUAAAGGGUUAUUACACGAUAUAUAUAAUUUUAUUUCUUCAUUUUCUUCUAGAGUGGAUGAAAUGGAAGAACUUUUGACAACAAAUAGAAUAUGGAAACAACGUUUAGUAGAUAUAGGUAUAGUAAAUUAUAGAGAUGCUCUCGAUAUGGGUUUUACUGGUGUAAUGUUAAGGGGUUCGGGUAUUACGUGGGAUCUACGUAAAACAGAACCAUAUGAAAUUUAUAAACAAUUAAGUUUUUAUAUUCCUAUUGGUAUAUAUGGCGAUUGUUAUGAUAGGUAUCUGGUAAGGAUUAGUGAAAUGAGACAAAGUAUUUUUAUUAUUUAUCAGUGUUUGAAUAAUAUUCCGAAUGGUCUUGUUCGAUUAGACAAUUAUAAGGUUUCUCCUCCUUUUAGAAAACAAAUAAAAACCUCAAUGGAAUCAUUAAUACAUCAUUUUAAAUUUUAUAGUGAAGGUAUUCAUGUACCUCAAGGGAUUUGUUAUGGUGGUGUUGAGGCACCUAAAGGUGAGACAGGAGUAUUACUCGUAUCAAAUGGUUCUAAUAUGCCGUAUAGGUGUAAAGUAAGAUCUCCUGGUUUUGCCCAUCUACAAGGAGUAAAUCAUAUUGUUUCUGGCCACAUGGUUGCGGAUUUAGUAACAGUAAUUGGUACUUUAGAUAUUGUAUUUGGAGAAGUAGAUAGAUAG